AUGACCGUUCUCUCCGCGCCAUGGAACACUCGCCUCAGAGAACUAGCAAAACGAUGCCAAUUCCUUCAAGCUCUGAACCUCUAUUUCCAAAUGCUUCGCCAUGGCGAUCGCCCCAAUGCCUUCACUUUCCCGUUUGCUCUCAAAUCCUGCGCGGCCCUCUCGCUCCCCAUACUUGGCGCCCAACUCCAUGGCCAAAUCGUCAAACUUGGGUGUGAGGCUGAACCUUUUGUGCAAACUGCUUUGAUUUCUAUGUACUGCAGAGGUUCUCUGGUGGAGGAUGCUCGUAAAGUGUUCGAUGAGAAUUCCCAGUCGAGAAGACUAACUGUUUGCUACAAUGCUUUGAUUUCCGGCUAUGUCUUGAAUUCAAAAGGUUCUGAUGCGGUUCUAUUGUUUCACCAAAUGAAUGAAGAGGGCGUCCCUGUUAAUUCAGUGACAUUGUUGGGUUUGAUCCCGGUGUGUAUAUCUCCGAUUAACUUGGAGCUUGGAUCGUCUCUUCAUGGCUCUACAUUAAAAUAUGGAUUGGAUUCCGAUGUCUCUGUUGUUAACUGCUUCAUUACUAUGUACAUGAAAUGUGAUAUGGUGAAUCAUGCACAGGACCUGUUUGAUGAAAUGCCUGACAAGGGUUUGAUUUCUUGGAACGCUAUGAUUUCUGGGUACGCCCAAAAUGGGCUGGCAACAAAUGUUUUGAAGCUAUAUCAUGACAUGGAAUUGCGUGGGGUUCACCCGGAUCCUGUCACUCUUGUGGGAGUUUUAUCAUCUUGCGCCAACCUUGGGGCUCAGAGUGUUGGCCGUGAGGUAGAAUGUAAGAUCCAAGCAAGUGGGUUUGGCCGCAAUCCGUUUCUGAAUAAUGCUUUGAUCAAUAUGUACGCAAGGUGUGGCAAUUUAGCGAAGGCACAAACAUUGUUUGAUGAAACGCCUGAGAAAACAUUGGUUUCAUGGACGGCAAUUAUAGGUGGGUAUGGAAUCCAUGGACGUGGAGAAAUUGCAGUGCAGCUUUUCGAAGAGAUGAUAGGAAGUGGCAUUGUACCUGAUGGAACUGCAUUUGUGAGUGUCUUGUCUGCCUGUAGCCAUGCUGGGCUUACUGAUAGAGGCUUGGAAUAUUUCAAGACGAUGGGGAGAAACUAUCAAUUGGAACCAGGUCCGGAGCAUUAUUCAUGUAUGGUGGAUCUUCUGGGGCGAGCCGGGCGGCUAAACGAAGCUCAGAAUCUCAUCGAAUCCAUGCCAAUGGAGCCUGAUGGUGCCGUCUGGGGAGCUCUUCUGGGUGCUUGUAAGAUCCACCAGAACGUUGAGUUAGCAGAGCUGGCUUUUGAACGUGUGGUUGAGCUAGAACCUGCAAAUAUAGGAUACUAUGUUUUGCUAUCAAACAUUUACUCUGAUACCAAGAAUUCAAAAGGGGUUUUGAGGAUCCGGAUUAUGAUGAAGGAGAGGAGGCUGAAAAAGGAUCCUGGAUGUAGCUAUGUUGAACUGAAGGGCAGAGUUCAUCCAUUUGUGGCUGGGGAUAGAAGCCAUCCCCAGGUCGAAGAGAUAUAUAGAGUUUUAGAAGAGUUAGAAACAUUGGUGCAGGAAUUUGGAGAGCCUAAAAAGGAUGAUGUUGAUGGAGAAGAGAGCAACAAAAAGCUGUUUACUGGAGCUGGAGUUCAUAGUGAAAAGUUGGCUGUUGCUUUUGGACUCCUGAAUACCACGGCUGGGAUGGAAAUUGUGGUCAUAAAGAACCUGAGGAUAUGUGAAGAUUGUCACUUGUUUUUCAAGCUGGUUAGCAACAUCGUCCAUCGCCAAUUGACCGUAAGAGAUGCAACCCGCUUCCACCAUUUUCGAAAUGGGAGCUGUUCUUGCAAUGAUUAUUGGUAG